AUGGCGUCAGCGAGUCCUAUGACAGACGUGACCCAGCGAUUAUUUGCGGACCUCAAGUCGAAGAACGAUGAUAUUAAGGCCCGAGCUGCCUAUGAGCUCCAUGACAAUGUGGUUGCCGUCUCUCGAGAUUGGCCAUCCGAGAAAUUCAACGAGUUCUACAAUGCUGUCAGCCAGCGGAUCGCGCAGCUGGUGGUGACGGGAGAUGACGCCAAUGAACGAGUCGGCGGUCUCCUCGCACUCGACCGGCUGAUUGACUUCGACGGUGUGGAUGCAGCUCAGAAAACCACUCGAUUUGCCAGCUAUCUCCGAAGCGCCCUACGAAGCAACGACAAUGCGGUGUUGGUGUGCGCGGCCCGAUCGCUUGGCCGGCUGGCUAAACCUGGCGGGGCAUUCACAGCCGAGUUGGUAGAAAGUGAGAUUCAGUCCGCUCUGGAAUGGCUACAGUCAGAGCGUCAGGAAAGCCGUCGAUUCGCUGCUGUUCUGGUGAUUCGGGAGCUAGCCAAGGGCUCGGCAACACUAUUGUACGGCUUCGUGCCUCAGAUCUUCGAGCUUGUCUGGGUCGCACUUCGAGACCAGAAAGUGCUCAUCCGAGAGACAGCUGCACAGGCUGUGGGAGAGUGCUUCGAAAUCAUCGUGGCCCCAGACUCGUCCGUCCGUCAAUCAUGGUUCGCAAGGAUCUAUGAAGAAGCGUUACUGGGACUGAAGUCCCAUAAUGUGGACUGGACUCACGGAUCGCUCCUAAUCCUCAAGGAGCUAUUCCUUAAAGGCACAAUGUUCAUGAAGGAGCAUUAUCGAAAUGCCUGCGAGAUCGUGCUACGUCUGAAGGAUCACCGAGAUGCUAAGAUUCGCAAUCAGGUCGUCCUCACCAUCCCUAUCCUUGCCCCAACUCAAGAGGGAGAAGGAAAGAAACGCGGCCUUGUGGCUAUUGGCAAGAUUGCCACUGCAGUGGGACCUGCUAUUAGCGGAUACCUUGAUGGGAUCAUCGUCUAUAUCCGCGAGGCACUGGCAAUGAAGGCGAGAAACCGAGCAGGUAUCGAUGAAGCUCCCAUGUUCGAGUGUAUCAGCAUGCUGUCGCUGGCAGUCGGACAAACUCUCAACGGUCACAUGGAGCAAUUGCUUGAUGCCAUCUUUGCAUGCGGUCUCAGCAAAUCACUGACGCAAGCUUUGGUCGAUAUGGCCCACUACAUCCCUCCUAUUAAGCCCGUAAUUCAGGAUAAACUUCUCGACGAGCUGAGCAUUAUACUCAGCGGUACCUCAUUCCGUCCGCUCGGUUGUCCCGAAAACCGACUUCCCCCUAUGCCAGCAUUUGCAAGGGAUUUCGGUCCCCCAGAAAGCUACUCCGAAGCGGAAAUUGCGCUCGCUCUCCACACUCUAGGCAGCUUUGACUUCUCCGGUCACAGCUUGAACGAAUUCGUGCGUGGCGUUGCGAUCAACUACGUGGAGAAUGACAAUCCCGAUAUCCGAAAAGCGUCGGCUCUCACAUGUUGCCAGCUGUUUGUCCACGACCCGAUCAUCAACCAGACUAGUGGUCACUCAAUUCAAGUUGUCAGUGAAGUCAUUGACAAACUAUUGACGGUUGGUAUCGGUGAUCCAGACCCUGAAAUCCGACGCACGGUGCUGUGGUCACUGGAUCGGAAGUUUGACCGUCACUUGGGCCGCCCUGAGAAUAUUCGGAGCUUGUUCCUAGCGGUCAAUGAUGAGGUCUUCGAAGUCAAGGAAGCUGCUAUUUGCAUCAUCGGCCGUCUAUCCAACGUGAAUCCAGCAUAUGUUUUCCCUCCACUGCGGAAGCUACUGGUGAAUCUUCUGACUGGACUCGGAUUUGCGAACACUGCCCAACAAAAGGAAGAGACUGCUCAGCUCAUCAGCUUAUUUGUCUCCAAUGCAACCAAGUUGAUCAGGUCGUAUGUUGACCCAAUGGUUACAGCACUGCUGCCCAAAUCAACGGAUAGCAAUCCAGGUGUCGCCGCGACCACACUCAAAGCUGUCGGAGAGCUUGGCAACAUUGGCGGCGGCGAGAUGAGACGCUAUCUGCCCCAGAUCAUGCCCAUAAUCUUGGAGUCACUCCAGGAUCUUUCCUCCCAUACUAAGCGCGAGGCGGCCCUUCGGACCCUUGGUCAGUUGGCUGCCAACGCUGGCUACGUGAUCGACCCGUACCUCGAGUACCCUCAUCUACUUGACGUCUUGAUCAACAUCCUCAAGACAGAGCAAACGGGCUCUUUGCGGAAAGAGACAAUCAAGCUGGUGGGUGUGCUUGGUGCUUUAGACCCCUACAAGUACCAACAAAUCAGUGAUGUGGAGCCUGAUGUUCACCACAUUAACGAAGUUCAAGACCCGACGGACGUUGCCUUGAUCAUGCAGAGUCUUACUCCGUCGAACGAGGAGUACUACCCCACGGUGGUGAUCCAUACAUUACUGCAGAACAUUCUGAGAGAGAACUCACUGGUGCAAUACCACUCAUCAGUGAUCGACGCCAUCGUUACCAUUUUCAAGACUUUGGGCUUGAAGUGUGUCCCAUUCCUUGGACAGAUUGUUCCCGCAUUCAUUUCGGUUAUCAGAAGCUCCCCUGCUAGCCGACUUGAGUCGUAUUUCAAUCAGAUGGCUAUCUUGGUUAACAUUGUGCGUCAGCACGUUCGUGCCUUCUUACCUGAGAUCAUUGACGUGAUCCGUGAAUUCUGGGAUGCGUCAUACCAGGUACAGGGUACAAUUUUGUCCCUGAUGGAGGCUAUUUCCAGGUCCUUGGAGGGAGAGUUCAGAAAGUACCUCGCUCGCUUGAUUCCCCUAAUGUUGGAUACUCUCGAGAAGGACACUACCCCUCGCCGGCAACCGUCGGAGAAAAUUCUCCAUGCUUCCCUGAUCUUCGGCUCAAGUGGUGAAGAGUACAUGCACCUCAUCAUUCCCGCUAUCGUGCGCCUCUUUGAACGACCGCAGCAUCCUCAGAGCAUUCGCAAGUCGGCUAUUGACAGCUUGACGAAGCUGUCGCGCCUAGUCAAUGUCUCUGACUUUGCUUCCCUCAUAGUCCACUCUUUGUCGCGAGUCGUGGUCAGUGGCGACCGUGUCUUACGUCAAGCUGCAAUGGACUGCAUCUGUGCGCUGAUCUUCCAGCUUGGCCAGGACUUUACACACUACAUCCAUCUUUUGAGCAAAGUUCUCAAGCAGCACCAUAUCAAUCAUGUCAAUUACCAGAUCCUGGUGACGAAGCUUCAAAAGGGCGAUCCGCUCCCGCAAGACCUCAAUCCCGAAAAAAACUACUCCUUCCCCUCUGAUGACACGAAAUUUGCGGAGAUUGGCCAAAGGAAGAUUGUUGUCAACCAGCAGCAUCUAAAGCAUGCUUGGAAUUUUUCACAAAAGCCAACUCGCGAAGAUUGGCAAGAAUGGAUCCGUCGGUUCAGCGUUGAGCUCCUCAAAGAAUCGCCCUCGCCCGCAUUGCGGGCAUGCGCAAGCUUGGCUGGUAUCUACCAGCCGUUGGCAAGGGAUCUUUUCAAUGCCGCCUUCGUAUCUUGCUGGACCGAACUGUUUGACCAGUAUCAAGAAGAACUAGUUCGCUCCAUUGAGAAGGCCCUCACUUCACCAAACAUCUCACCGGAAAUCCUGCAAAUUCUUCUGAACCUCGCCGAGUUUAUGGAACACGACGAUAAGGCUUUACCCAUUGAUAUUCGCAUCCUGGGCAAGUAUGCUGCUAAGGGCCAUGCUUUUGCCAAGGCUCUGCAUUACAAAGAACUUGAAUUUGAGCAGGAUCAAAACUCCGGUGCUGUCGAAGCUUUGAUUACCAUCAACAACCAGCUACAGCAAUCAGAUGCUGCGAUUGGUAUCCUGCGGAAGGCACUGUCAUACCGCGACGUGGAGCUGAAGGAAACUUGGUUUGAGAAGCUGCAGCGCUGGGACGAAGCUCUGGCUGCGUACAAACGACGCGAGAAAGCGGAUCCGGAUUCCUUCGGCAUUACUAUGGGCAAGAUGCGCUGCUUGCACGCUCUCGGUGAAUGGAAGGUUCUUUCCGAUUUUGCGCAGGAGAAAUGGAAUCAGGCAUCGUUGGAGCACCGCAGAGCCAUUGCUCCCCUUGCUGCUGCUGCUGCAUGGGGCCGUGGUCAGUGGGAGCUGAUGGACUCGUACUUGAGUGUCAUGAAAGAACAGUCUCCCGAUCGGUCUUUCUUCGGCGCUAUCCUUGCCAUUCAUCGCAACCAGUUCGACGAGGGGAACAUGUACAUCGAGAAAGCACGGAAUGGCCUUAACACCGAACUUUCAGCCUUGCUCGGAGAGUCAUACAACCGGGCAUACGAUGUGGUUGUCCGCGUCCAGAUGCUUGCCGAACUGGAGGAGAUCAUCACUUACAAGCAACAUGUUGGAGACCCGGAGAAGCAGGAAGCCAUGCGCCAGACUUGGAACCAGCGCUUGCGGGGAUGUCAGCAAAAUGUGGAAGUGUGGCAGCGCAUGCUAAAGGUCAGAGCACUUGUCACUGCUCCCCGGGAGAAUUUGGACAUGUCCAUCAAAUUCGCCAAUCUUUGCCGCAAGUCCAACCGCAUGGGCCUUGCAGACCGUUCCUCAACUCUCUGGAGACGGUCAUCCAAGAUGCCAACUGUAACCUAUGCUCGAUUAAAAUUCAGCUGGGCCAAUGGAAGCCAGCAUGAAGCCCUCGAGGCGUUGAAAGACUUCAAUAUGGAACUCAGUGAGGACCUUUCUAAGUUUAAUACUCUUUUCGCUUCGCAAAAUGAGAGUCACGGAAUGAAUGGUGUCAACGGUAUCUCAGAUCCCAACCACCCGGAUGCCGUGCGCCUGCGAGGACGAGUCGUGGAUGUCGGGAACGCUAGAAAACUUCUCUCUAAGAGUUAUCUCAGACAGGGAGAAUGGCAAAGAGCCCUUCAAAAGGCGGAAUGGACAUCAGACAACGGCCGCGAGGUCCUUGGAGCCUACUCAGCGGCCACACAAUACAAUCACGAUUCCUACAAAGCCUGGCACGCUUGGGCUCUUGCAAACUUCGAGAUGGUGCAGACCAUCGUUAGCCAAGUUAAGGAAGCCAAGGGUGACAAGAAGGCGCUUGUGCCGCCACCCCCCACCUUGUCAUUGACCAUGUCAUUCCUGCCAUUCGUGGUUUCCUGCGACACACUGAGAUUGCUGACCUUGUGGUUCGCACAUGGUGGUGAUCAUCAUGUCAACACCGUGGUCACUGAAGGCUUUACAACGGUCAAUAUUGACACUUGGCUUUCUGUCACCCCGCAACUUAUCGCCCGGAUCAAUCAGCCUAACAUCAGAGUUUGUGGUGCCGUUCACAGACUCCUCGCGGAAGUUUGCAAGGCCCACCCUCAGGCCCUGGUGUAUCCGUUGACAGUUGCCAUGAAAUCCAACGUCGCCCGACGCUCACAAUCUGCAAGCAAUAUCAUGCAAAGCAUGCGCCAGCACAGCGCCAAACUCGUCGAACAGGCCGAUCUCGUAAGUCACGAAUUGAUCAGAGUUGCUGUGCUGUGGCAUGAGCUGUGGCAUGAAGGUUUGGAGGAGGCUUCUCGUCUCUACUUCGGCGAUCAUAACGUCGAGGGCAUGUUCGCAACACUUGCAACUCUUCAUGACAUGCUUGACAAAGGUCCCGAGACUCUUCGUGAAGUCUCAUUCGCCCAAGCUUUCGGACGCGAUCUGGCGGAAGCCAAACAUUACUGCAUGCUCUACCGCCAGACUGAGGAGAUUGGUGAUUUGAAUCAAGCUUGGGACCUUUACUACACUGUGUUCCGCAAGAUUAGCCGACAGCUCCCGCAAUUGUCGAUUCUCGAUCUCAAAUACGUCUCCCCUCGUUUGAAGGAUUGCAAUGGCCUGGACCUGGCCGUGCCUGGAACCUACCAGAGCGGUCGUCCGAUUAUUUGCAUCGUCAGCUUUGACCCAAUUUUACACGUCUUGCAGACUAAGAAGAGACCAAGACGGAUGACCCUUAAGGGUAACAAUGGUAAAUCCUACAUGUAUUUACUCAAGGGUCAAGAAGAUAUUCGCCAAGACGAGAGAGUUAUGCAACUCUUCGGACUAGUCAACACUCUUCUCGACAACGAUAGUGAAAGCUUCAAACGCCAUCUGUCUGUUCAGCGCUUCCCCGCUAUCCCGUUGUCGCAGAGCUCUGGCCUGCUCGGAUGGGUGUGUAAUAGUGAUACACUGCAUGCUCUUAUCAAGGAAUACCGAGAGAGCCGCCGUAUUCUGCUCAACAUUGAGCGUCGGAUCAUGCUUCAGAUGGCUCCGGAUUAUGACAGCCUUACCGUUAUGCAGAAGGUUGAGGUCUUUGGUUACGCUAUGGACAACACUACCGGAAAAGAUCUGUAUCGGGUGCUGUGGCUCAAGAGCAAGAGCUCCGAAGCCUGGCUUGAACGACGCACCAACUACACCCGAUCCCUCGGUGUCAUGUCCAUGGUCGGAUACAUCCUUGGCCUGGGUGAUCGUCAUCCUUCCAACUUGCUACUUGAUCGCACGACUGGUCACGUGGUCCACAUCGAUUUUGGCGACUGUUUCGAAGUGGCCAUGCACCGCGAGAAAUACCCCGAACGUGUCCCAUUCCGCCUAACACGUAUGUUGACCUUCGCUAUGGAAGUUAGUAACAUCGAGGGAAGCUACCGCAUCACGUGUGAGGCUGUGAUGCGUGUUCUUAGGGAGAACAAGGAUUCCCUCAUGGCUGUUUUAGAAGCCUUUAUCCACGAUCCCUUGAUCAAUUGGCGCCUGGGCGCGCAGGAGUCCCCUGAUCGAACGACUCUUACCGCGGAACGUCGCCAGUCAAUUAUCGAGGGCAUCAAUUUCGAGCAUGGCAUGCAAUCAAACAGCGUGUCUCGCCCCCGCCGACCAUCCAUCUUAGAAGGCGGCAUCCUUGACAUCCAGGAAGGUGGAACCGAGGCUCGCGAGGCACAAAAUGCUCGUGCUCUCCAGGUUCUCGCCCGUGUCAAGGAGAAACUGACCGGUGCCGAAUUCAGGCAUAGUGACGAACUGAAUAUCAGCGACCAGGUGGACAAGCUCCUUGCUCAAGCCACCAACGUGGAGAACAUUUGUCAGCAUUGGAUCGGAUGGUGCAGCUUCUGGUGA